AUGGAUGGAAACCAGAAGCCCCUUUCCUUAUUUGCAGAAAAGCCUAGCGUAAGACGGGGCUCCACUCGUCCUCAAACUCCAAGCCGCCUCGAUAGGCCGUUAAUUCGCAUCCCCACACAUCCGACCCCGGGAGAUGGCUACGAUGACAACAUGCCUUGUACAACACCUCGUUAUUCAACUUCUGGACGUCUGAAUAAGCCAACUAAACUAGUGCCGCGAAGCUCUGGAAAGCUCACUACACCAGUCCUCCCUCUACCAAAUCUCUUAAAAUCCCCGCCUCCACCAUCUCGGCAGCUGCCUGCCCGCUUGAACAAGGAUACCCAUGAGUCGCAGAACUUAAUUCCUUCUAAAACAUCUCCAGGAUUUGAAAUGGCUCAGGUGUCAUGGUUGGACACGGGAAUGACAAGAAGACGCCAACUAGCUCCGAUGCAUCCUGUUGAUCCCCCUGUUGAAGGAUCAGCAGAAGUUGGGGUCAAUGAGAGUUCACCAAUUCAGUCUAAGCCCGAACACAAUGCUGUAGCCGUCGUAGAGUUGGCUGGUGACCAGCUUGACUCAGUGGCCAGUCGACCGGCAAGUUUCCGACUAAUUCUGCCACGUUGCAUCGAUGUACGCCCAGGCAGUCAGUAUUUGGCCGUUCUAGAGCAAGUCGAACAGCCCAAAUCUCUUCGGACAGAGCACGUACAGCUUAGUGCUGAAUUGUCGGAUGAAAAUGUAGUUUAUGAGACAAAAGACGACAAUUUUUUCGAUGAUCCAGACGAGACUAGUAUGCUGAUCUCAUCUCGAGGCUCUUGUAAGGAUGAAUUCUAUGCAUCGCGAACAGAAGAAGUUUGUCUUGCUGCAUACAAGCAUAAGAGGUUACAUGCACAAGAGGUUCUGGAGGGAAAGUCUGAAUUAGAGCUGGGGCUUGAAAAAUACGAAGGUCAUAAACAGAACUGGAUAGAACAUGAUAAAGCAAAUUUUGUUAGGUGUAAGACUGAGGAAGCUGAGGAUACAAUUGUCAAGGAAGAAGAUGGUCUAAUGAAAUAUGAAUUAGCGGGGAAUGAGGAUAAGGUUAAAACGCAAUGGCCAGGAAAACUAAGGAAUAAACAGGACUUGAUAGAGCUGGAAGAAGUGGAGAUGCUUGAAGAUUUUGAGGAAAUAAAGAUAGAUGAUGAAAGUAGUAUGGGAUCUAGAUGUGGGCAGGAAAAAACGACAGAUGAGACUAUGGCAAAAAUGGAACCUGCUGUUGAAAACCUAUCUUCAGCUUGGGAAUCCCUGCAUUUUUUGAUUGCAUCUCGUUCUUCGGUCUGCUUAAGUGGCCAAGCCACAUCUGCUGAGGUUUCACUCCACCGUUUCGAGACUACUUCAUGCCAGCGCGACUCAUUCAGUCUCUCAGGGCUUGUAUCAAUAGCCCACCGUUUGCAUCCCUCUAUUUCCGUCGGUCUUGAUACCAAAAUUGACGUUCAUCUACCAGAUAAGCUUGCUUCCAGCCAGAGUCAAAGCAAAUUCCAUUCGCAUCCGUUCGAUGCUGAAUCGACAAACUCACCCUCUAACCUAAGAUUACUUUCGCCGGAUAAAACGAAGUCGACUGGCGUUGUAGCCAUCACUGACACUGGGUCUUUGGGAGAAAACAAGCCUUUUCCUAUAAGUGAGAUGGAUGGAUGCAUCGGCCUGCAUCUAAGGUCGCCUCUGGAAACAGUUUCUUUGUCUUAUUCGCCUCCGGUUUCUCCAAAUCAGGCAAGUGGAGAUCAAACCUCUCUGAUGCAGUUCGAAAGGAUGUCAGCCACCAGAGAAAUUGAUGAACGGAUCUAUCAGAAACUUGCAGAAUUCGACGAUGAAGAAAUUGCCAAGGAUAUUAAUAAAAACAUUUUAAGUUCCAACACCUCAUCGCCCAGUCCAUACUUAUCUUCAGGCACUCGGGAUGAAGACGAAAGCAGCACAAUUACACUGUCUGAUCAGAUCGCUAAUCUUUCUUUAUCCAGAUCCAGUCUGAUUAGCCUGAGUGAUCAGUCUAUACUGCAGGUUCCCCGCUGUACCUCACCCUGUCUAGAGGAUUUAAUUUCAGUCUACCAGAACGAUCCCAAUCUCGAAGAAAUGGCUAGGCGUGUGGUCAACGCUGUUGCCCCUAAUCUGAUGAGUCUUAAAACCUGUGCAGAUUUAGAGCUAGGAGGGUACAAGAGGGCAUCUAAGACAUCUCAUAGUCCAUCGCCUUCAAUCUCCGAUCUCGAUCUGCUGGUGGCACCUCUUAUGCAUUCGAAUGAUGAAGCAGAUAAAGCACUAUCUAUGUUUUCCGAAGAGUGUACUAGUGAUAAUGAGGCUUUUGUGGCUACAAAUUUACGCAAGUUU